CUUUUAAGAGACAAAAUAUAGUAAAGUACAGAUAUGUAUCUGCACCGUGAAUAAAGUGUACAUGAGGUGUAAAUAAAUUUGCCUGUCUCUUCUACCGGUCCUUAAUUAUCUUAGAUAUGGUAUCAAAUCAAACACUUUUAAAAAUAGCGAGCUUGGGAGGAUUUGUAACAGCAACUACAGGUUAUGCUUUUUAUUAUCGCAUACAAUAUGAUAUUAAAGAAAGUGAAACUUAUAAAGAUGUUAUGAAUACUCUACGUGCACAUAAAAAAGCUGUACCAUAUCUUGGAGAACCUAUAAUGUUGGGCCGUAUCAGUUAUGGUGAUGGACAUCGAAUGCUUGAACAUGAAGAUACAAAAAUUACACAAAGUUACAAAUGGUUUAAAAUUCCGCUUACAGGUACCAAUACUAAGGGAAAAUUAUAUUACGAAGUAAUAUUAAACCAUAAACUUGAAAACAAGCCUGAGGCGUCUAAAAUUGAAAUUACAUUUGAUAAUAUACCUGGAAAGACGUUUGUAAUAAGACAAUAUGAAAUAUAAGUUAAAAUAAUGACAAA